GCUCUAUCGGGAAGCUCAUUUCAAAUGUGAAAGCUAAAAUAUUGUCUAAAGAUGGUCAUGAAUUAGGAUACAAUGAAUUUGGCGCAUUAUACAUUAAAGGACCAAAUGUUAUGAAAGGAUAUCUUAAUAAUAAAAAGGCUACAGAUGCAGUCUUUGACAAAGAUGGAUUUUUUGAAACUGGCGAUGUUGCAUAUGCUGACGAUCAAGGAAACUUUUUUAUUGUUGACCGAGAAAAAGAGUUAAUCAAAUACAAAGGUUUUCAAGUGGCACCUGCUGAAUUGGAAUCGAUUCUGCUCACUCAUGAUGCUGUAUCAGAUGCUGCAGUAAUUGGUGAUUAUUGUGAGGCUGAAGCAACAGAAAUUCCUAUAGCAUAUGUCACAAUUAAAAAUGGACAUGAACAAUCUCAAGAUUUGGUGAAACAAAUUCAAUCUUAUGUUAAUGAAAAGGUUGCUCCACAUAAGAAACUAAGAGGUGGUGUUUUGUUUAUUGAUAAAAUUCCAAAAAGUGAUUUUGGUAAAAUUCUUAGAAGAGUAUUGAAGGACAAAUUAAAGCAGGAUAAAAUGGUUUAA